CCCUAAGGUAAGCGUACUAGAUCCAAUAUUAGUAGUAGAUUAGUAUUAAAACAUACAAUUACAAUUGUGAAUGGAAGAAAAUAGUGAAACGUCAAAGCGUUACACGUCAGAUGUCAUAUUGAUACUAGUGACAAAUCGCGAGAAUGGACGGAUCAACAUUGGAACCCACACUAUUCAUCAUCAAAGGCAUGUGCAUCAUGGAUAAUGAUGGCAAUCGGCUUUUGGCGAAAUACUAUGAUAAAAACAUCCUGCCAACAGUGAAGGAGCAGAAAACAUUCGAAAAGAAUCUCUUCAAUAAGACCCACCGUUCGAACACAGAAAUUAUCAUGCUGGACGGUCUGACCGUUGUUUACAAGAGUAAUGUUGACUUGUUCUUCUACGUGAUGGGAAGUACCCACGAGAACGAGUUGAUCCUGCUGUCGGUGCUUAACUGCUUGUACGAUUCAAUUAGUUUGAUCCUCAAGAAGAAUGUGGAGAAGAAGACAGUCAUGGAGAAUUUGGAGAUCAUCAUGCUGGCCUUUGAUGAGAUUUGCGAUGGCGGAAUUAUUCUCGAUGCUGACCCGUCUUCUGUGGUGAAAAGAGUAGAUCUACGAAAUGACGACAUCCCAAUUGGAGAGCAAACAGUUGCGCAGGUUUUACAGUCAGCGAGAGAACAACUGAAAUGGUCGCUAUUAAAGUGAUUCAUAGUAUUUUUCCUGCAAUACAUUCGAUUUUAUUAUUUGAUUAGUUGCCGUUUCCAAUAUUGAUAAGAUUACAUGCGGAAUAUAUAUAAUAUCUUUAUGAUACAAAAUGAA